CAUGGCCGUUGACAGCAGUGGCCCAACUUGGAAAAAUAUACAGACACUACAGCGAAGCACCGCCACGCUGUUAAAGUUCUUUGCCUUUCGCGCUGAUGAAUUCUCUCAUCUCCAAAACCCUAAUUCCUUCCAUUUUCCUUUGCUUCUCGACUCGUUUGACUUUGACCACCAACUCACUCCGUCACUUCAAACCACCAUCCUUGCCUCCUCCUCGACUCAUGACUUCCGACUCUUCCCAGCGAGUCUUCCAACUCAAACUCGACCCAGUCACUGGAAACUCAGAGUGGGUCGUCAUCGAAGACAACGACGAGCUCCCUGAAUUUUCCAAGGAACCCCUUUUAGCUACGACGUCGUAUCUCGACAUGCUUAACGACUCUUACAGGAACAAAGUCUUCCGUUUAGCCAUUGACAAAACUUUAACCAAACCUUGCCACGUGCUCGAUAUCGGUGCGGGAACUGGGUUGUUGUCAAUGAUGGCUGCGCGAGCCAUGGGUUUAAACGGGAUGGUGACAGCAUGUGAAUCUUAUCUUCCAAUGGCGAAGUUGAUGAGGAAAGUUUUGCAUCGAAAUGGUAUGGGAAAAGCUAUCAAUCUUAUUAAUAAGCGUUCUGAUGAACUCCAAGUUGGUGUUGAUAUUCCUUCUCGCGCUGAUGUCCUCGUUAGUGAGAUAUUGGACUCAGAGUUACUGGGGGAAGGGCUGAUUCCGACUCUUCAACAUGCACAUGACAAGCUUUUGGUGGAAAAUCCACUAACGGUGCCGUAUCGAGCUGUUACUUAUGGCCAGCUGGUUGAAAGUACAUGCUUGUGGAAGCUUCAUGAUUUAUAUGGUAAUGAAGCAAAAGCAUCGGAUGGUAUUUAUCUUGUUCCUGCAGGCUUGGAUACUUUUAUACAUGUCAAAUCGCAACAGUAUCCAAUGCAUUGUGAUGCUAUAAGGAAAGAAACAAAACUGCUUUCAGAGCCCUUCAAAAUAUUUGAAUUUGACUUUUGGAAAAGGCCUGACAGCCAUGGGGAAACUGAGGUGCAAAUCAAGGCAAUAGAUGAUGGUAGCAUUCAUGCUGUAGUUUCAUGGUGGAUUCUUCAACUUGAUCCUGAAGGAACCAUCUUUUAUUCCACUGCUCCUGGAUGGAUAAAAUCUCCAGCUAACAUAGGAAAGGGGAAUUGGUGUGACCACUGGAAGCAAUGUGUCUGGUUCCUUCGAGGGACAGGUAUGAAAGUGUCAAAGGGAGAAGAAGUUCUUUUGGAAGCUUCUCAUACAGAGACUAAUGUCUCAUAUAAUGUCAAUGUCCGAGUCCCUCAAACUGACAUAAGGCAGCAUGACUACAGAAGUGGGGGUUUUCAGCUGUUAUUGUCAUCAGAAAGAAUUGCAACUUAUGGAGACAAUAAAUGGCGAUUGUCCAUGUUGGCAGCAGUAAGAAAUGCUUUGCAGGGAAGAGUUAACCGAUUAUGUGUUGUUGCGGAUGAUAGCAUUUUUUUAACACUUCUUGCUGCAAAUCUUUCGAAAACAUCACAUGUAAUUUCAUUGUUUCCUGGAUUGAGAGACAAGGGUGCCCAAUAUUUGGAAAAUGUUGCUAAGGCAAAUGGUUUCUCUAUGGAUCGUGUAGAAGUUUCUGAAAAAAGGAAAGCAUGUUUGACCAUAAAUGAUACUCAUGGGAAGAAGGUUGAUCUGUUGAUUGGUGAACCAUAUUAUUAUGCAAACGAAGGGAUGCUUCCAUGGCAGAACCUGCGGUUUUGGAAGGAUCGUACCUUGCUUGACCCUGUCCUUUCAGAAGAUGUAUUGAUAAUGCCUUGCAAAGGAAUACUGAAGGCUUGUGCUAUGUCUCUCCCGGAUCUUUGGAGGAGUCGCCAUUGCUUAGGUGAGGUUGAAGGCUUUGACCAUUCUGUGGUAAAUACAACCUUAGGUGCAUGUGGUGAAUUACCAGCACCAAAAGAGGGCCCUUCUCUUCCUUUUUCUAUCUGGCAGUGUGAUGAGAGUAAGGAGCUAAGUGAGAUAUUUACCAUCGUAGAAUUUGAUUUCUCAAAACCGAUAAGUCCAUGUUAUGGAAAAGCACAGGUUCAAUUCACCAAACAUGGUUUAUGUCAUGGAUUUGUUCUGUGGGUGGAUUGGGUGAUGGAUGCAGAGAACUCUAUCAUAGUAUCUACUGGGCCAGACCACAGAUAUUGGAAGCAAGGGGUUAAGCUUCUGACCAAGCCCGUUGCGGUUGGAAUCAAUGGUUCAAAAAGCACCAGUGAAUUUGGUUCUACCGUGGUGGAAGCAUUCUUCGACCCAGCAAUUAGUGAACUCAUCAUUAAACAUGCUUUCUCAUGACUCCUAAAUCAUUCGGUUCAUGGGUUUUUUUUUUUUUUAAAUCUUUCCUAACUACAAUUAAAACCUUUUAUUAUAUCUCUAGGGGUUCCAUGUUUUAAAAUUGAGUGAGACUUGUAAUUUUUGACAAAAAUACUGGUAAGAUUUUGUCUUUAAUAUAAGUUAAGAAAAAUAACGGAGAAAAUUUUUUUAAAAAAAUUCCCAAAGAUGC